AUGGAAGUUCUCGAUGCGACAGGUCUUGCGGAGCGGUUAAGAUGGGAGGACAACGACUACUUGCUGCAUCUCAAGGCUGAGACUUCCUUUGAUAAAUAUCCAGCCAAACAACAUGCGCGUAGAGUGCAGGCAGAGUUGGGCGUUGAAGAUGGGUUGAUCUAUCUUCCAGGCCAACCGGCGAGGAACAACGAAGACAGCGACAUGCCAGCGCCAUUUCGGCAACGGCGAUACUUCUAUUACAUGAGCGGUUGCGAUGAGCCCGACUGCCAUCUCAUGUAUGAUAUCCGACGCGACGUAUUAACAUUGUUCAUUCCGCGCAUUAAGCCUGAGCGCGUCAUCUGGAACGGUCGCGGUUCAACUCCAGCAGAGGCGCUUGCCAAGUACGACAUUGAUCAAGUCCAUCACUCGCAAGACCUUGCAUAUAUCAUCCAGAAUUGGGCUUUCAAGCAUCAAAAUACCGGCAUCUACAUCCUGCAUCCCUCAUCACGGAUACCAGGCUGUGACAACCUCAUGCCUCGCAUCGAUUCCCAUUCGCUCCAGCCAGCCAUGAACUUGUGCCGCAUGAUCAAAGACGAUCACGAGAUCAAACGGAUCCGGAAAGCAAACGACAUCAGCUCCCAGGCGCAUCGAGAGGUACUGGCUAACAUCCAGAAGUACAAGAACGAAGCGCAAGUUGAAGGUCUGUUUAUGGACGUGUGCAUAUCGCGGCAGGCAAAACAACAGGCUUACGAUCCCAUCGCUGCAUCCGGACCAAACGCCGGGACCCUGCAUUAUGACGCCAACAACGAAGAUCUUGCAGGCCGACAAUUGAUGUGCCUGGACGCUGGGUGUGAGUUCGAGUUGUACGCAAGUGACAUCACCCGGACAUUCCCGCUUUCAGCUUCGUGGCCGAGUAAGGAAGCAGAGAACAUCUACAACCUAGUGCAGCGCAUGCAGGAGACAUGUAUUGAACGACUGGAACCUGGCGUAAGGUAUCUCGAUUUGCACAUCAUGGCUCAUCAGGUCGCUAUUGAUGGACUGCUACGUCUGGGCAUACUUUGCAAUGGAACCAGGGAAGAGAUCUACAAAGCUGGCACAAGUAGGGCAUUCUUUCCCCACGGUCUCGGGCAUCAUAUCGGUCUAGAGGUUCAUGAUGUGGGCCAGGCGGAGUUGAUGAGCGUGAGAAGGGGAAAGCCAGUAUACCAACAGGCACCAUCGCUAUACCCGGAAAACUUCCAUGACCCCGUCUACGACUCCGAAACUUGUCACGCGCCUACGGAUCCACAGAGUAGUCACCUCGAGGAAGGCAUGGUGGUCACUGUCGAGCCUGGAAUCUACUUCUCGGUCUAUGCUCUACAGCACUUUUACCUCCCGUCGCCCAUUCACUCCAAAUUUAUCAACCUUGAGGUACUAGAGCGCUAUCUCCCUGUCGGCGGGGUCCGCAUCGAGGAUGACAUCUUAAUCACCGCCAACGGUCAUGAGAAUCUGACCACAGCACCAAAGGGUGAAGCGAUGCUCGACAUGAUCCGACAAGGAAAGCCAGGCACGACUGACGUACUGAUUCCGAGCCCAACAUAUUCUAGAAGGAUGCGCUCUGAAAACAAUACACCCCGUCUAUGCGCUCCCGGUAUAUCCAAAAAUACCCUCCGGCCUCUACUAACACCACUUGCUCGAGCGGCUACUUUGCCUACGGAGUUCCGACAGCAAGACGACUUCGACUUCGAGCCUACAGUCGGUCCAUCGCUUUUCUCAGGAUUCUCGCGCGCUAUGACCACAGAGGAGAAGAUUCAGCAGUGGAAGCAGAAGCGCGACUCGGUACCAGUGGCACUAAACCGGCCAACAAAGGCGAAGAGCCUAUCACCAGUUUGUGGUGAAAACACUCCAAACGUCCAACAUGUCUAUAUGAGCACUGCUUCCGACCUUGCCUCCUUUUCACAAUUAAGUGCGGGAUCCGGAAGCACUCCUCUAUGGAAGCCUCACAACAAGCAGGACAAGAAAAACUAG